AAUUUCGCUGUUCUUUCUUUCACCUUCUUCUCUUCAUUUCUGUUUGUCUAUGACCCGUAUACCAUCGCUGCUUCUUCUGUAUCAAUCCAUUCGUUGAAUUGCCGCCAAUCAAUUUCCCGCUCAAAAAUUUUCCGCCAUCUCUACCGAUUAUCGUCGAUCGGACGAUGCAAGAAGCGAAGUAGCAAUCCGUUUCCAUUCUCGAAUCUCCGCGUCUCUCUCUCUGCUCUCACGCCUCCGAGCGGAGCGGAGAGGAGGCCAGCCGUACGUUGCCCUAGGUCGUGAUCCAUUUGAAUAUGUCGAGUUCUCUACCCUACUCUGUCAAGGAUGUCCAUUACGACAAUGCUAAAUUUCGACAGAGACCAUACUUCAAGGUGAUGACUCAGAAUUUACGCACUGGUAGCGCAAAACGUGAUUAUCUAAGUUGCAGUACGGGGAAGUUUCUGGUAUUACUGUUGAUCUUUGGCUUAGCAUAUCUUUUAUUGACAAGUACAACUCCUGUCCAUUCUGCUCCCCAUCGACUAGCCAAAGUCAGUGAGAAUAAUGAGAAAGGAGAGUUUAUUAAUAGCGGUGGCAUCAGCUUCAGGAACUUAUGGAGGAGAGCUCCAAGACUUCCCCCUCGAUUACCACCAGACGAAAAAGGUAGCAACACUAGCUACAACAUUGAUCCAAAUCUAUUAAUCUCUGAGUCGUUAUGGAUUUCAAGGCAACAGAAAGUUAAGGAUGCUUUUAUCCAUGCAUGGUCCGGCUAUAAGAGAUAUGCAAUGGGGCAUGACGAACUCAUGCCACUGAGCCAGCAAGGAACUGAUGGGUUAGGAGGUCUAGGUGCUACGGUUGUGGAUGCCCUUGACACUGCCAUGAUUAUGGGUGAUAGUGAAAUUGUCUCUGAAGCAGGCUCGUGGGUUGAAAAACACCUUUUGGAUAGAAUUAAUGAGAAAGGUCAAGUCAAUUUAUUUGAAACUACCAUACGUGUUUUAGGUGGUCUUUUAAGUGCAUACCACUUGAGAGCUGGAGAAUUUGGGAAGACCUUUGAAAAUGAAGGGCCUAAACCAGAUGUUUAUCUAGAAAUUGCUAGGAACUUGGCUGAUCGUUUGCUUAGUGCCUUUACCUCAAGUCCAACCACUAUUCCUCUCAGUGAUGUUGUUUUAAAAGAUUCCUCGGCUCAUGCAGCACCUGGUGGAGUAAGUAGUACAUCCGAAGUUUCCACUUUGCAGCUGGAGUUUAAUUAUCUUAGUACUGUUUCCGGCGACCCAAAGUAUUCAAUUGCUGCUAUGAAGGUCUUGGAACACAUGAAGAGCCUUCCAAAAGUGGAAGGUUUGGUUCCCAUCUAUAUUAGCCCUUAUUCUGGUGAAUUUAGUGGAGAAACCAUAAGACUGGGAUCCCGUGGUGAUAGCUACUAUGAGUAUCUUCUGAAAGUGUGGCUUCAGAAGGGAGCAAGAGAAGACAAUAAUGUCACUUAUCUACAUGAUAUGUAUGAAGAAGCCAUGAAAGGUGUUAGGCAUCUUCUUGUUCGGAAGUCAGUUCCGAAUGGAUUGGUUUUUGUUGGAGAAUUGCCUUAUGGAUCAAAUGAUGCUUUGAGCCCAAAAAUGGAUCACCUGGUAUGUUUCUUAUCCGGUACUCUUGCUCUCGGUGCUACAAAGGGCAUCAGCAAGGAAGAAGCUAUGAAUAAAAGCUUGCUGAGCUUUGAAGAUCUGGAAAAUCUAAAUCUGGCAGAGGAUCUGGCAAAAACUUGCUAUGAGAUGUAUGAAGUAACCUCCACCGGUCUUGCCCCAGAAAUAGUUUAUUUUCGUACUGAGGACUUUUCUGAAGAAAAUUCUGAUGGUGGAAAUAAGAACUCGAAGUAUGUCAAUGACAUAAUAAUCAAGCCACUCGAUCGCCACAAUCUUUUGCGGCCCGAAACAGUCGAGUCGCUGUUCGUUCUGUAUCGUAUCACAGGCAACCCAAAGUACCGUGCAUGGGGUUGGAAGAUUUUCGAAGCGUUUGAGAAGCACACGAAGGUUAAUAGUGGUGGAUAUACAUCGCUAGAUGAUGUUACUACAGUUCCUCCGCGAAGGAGGGACAAAAUGGAGACAUUCUUUUUGGGGGAAACUCUCAAGUAUUUAUACUUGCUAUUUGGGGACAGCUCAACGAUGCCAUUGAACAAAUAUGUGUUCAAUACUGAAGCACAUCCUCUACCAAUUGAAGGCAUUAGUCAGAUAAAAUGAUACCAAAAUCGUGUUUGGCGAAAGCGGAUCCUAAAUUAAACUUUGGCCAUAUGAUUGUGGAAGCCUCUUCGGCCGUCGGCCAGUGUCGCGGUGAAAUGACGCGAUAACUUGCCAAUUCACUCGACGAUAAAUAUGAGGUUUCUGGAUAAUUCGCCCUUUUAGCGGAAUUAUUAGUUUUUAAUACAUGGUUUUUGCUUUCUUGAAUAGUGCAUCAUGGUCGAGCUUACACAAAAAUUUUGGAUUAUGAUCAUAUUCGCACAUUGUCACUAGCUUUCUAGUUUUCUUAUAAUAGAUUAAUGUCUAUUGUGUUAA